AUGGACCAACAACAAGCGGCACAGGUCCUCCAGUCGCUCCAGGAACUACAGACCGAGGUCAAUCGACUAAGAGGCCGAGAAGCUGAACUGACAGCACAGGUCGCUUCUUUUGGUGCCGGUUCGGCUGCUUCAGCUGGACCUGGCAGUGCACUGGCACAGUUGGUGCAGUCACAAAAGGAGCUUGUGGACGCCCUUAGAUCGAAAGAACAAGUCCGGUUGGUCGACAACAAGGGCCUUGGCAAGCCCGACAAGUUUGAUGGGACAGCCGAAAGAUUCUUGUCAUGGAAAAUCAAGACGUCCUCCUAUCUUGCAAGUGUUCGCAAAGACCUUCGUGAGAUUCUGGUUUGGGCCGAAGAUUGCGAUCAUGCAAUCACUGCAGAUGACAUCGACAAGGCUUUUGGGAGUCAAGCAGAUGCCAUUGACCAGGUGUCGAACAUCAGUGAAUUGAGACGCGAGCUUUGGGACGCGCUGCUAAUGCUGACAGAGCGUGAGCCCUUUGACAUCGUGCUGAACACCGGGGAAUGCGGCAUCGAAAGCUGGAGAAAGCUCACGCGGAGGUACGACCCAUCCACUGGUGGUCGCAAACGCGCUCUCCUCAAUGCAAUCUUGUCACCGGCUCGAUCCAAGAUGGAAGAUUUGCCGUCCAACCUGGAGAAGCUUCUUGACAGCAUCAGACUUUAUGAACGUCGCAAAGACGCAUCUGGCAACCGAACGAUGUUGGCAGAAGACAUCAAGAUCAACGUGAUUGAACGAUUGGUGCCGGCAGAGCUCGAGCGUCAUCUCGUUCUCAAUCGAGAUCGCUUCAAGACGUUCGAGUCCAUGCUGUCCGAGAUCCAGUCCUAUGUGGAACAUGCCACCGGCAACAAGAUCAAGGUGGUGAACAGCCAGCCCUACGACGCACAUGGCCGUGGGGACGAUCCUAUGGAUGUCGGAAGCUUUGGAAAAGAUGCAAAGGGAAAAGGUAAGGGCAAGAAGGGAGCUGGAGGAAAACCUGGAAAGGGAAAUGCAACAGCUGAGAAGAGAACAUGUCACAACUGCGGACGCCCAGGACAUCUGCGGGCAGAUUGCUGGGCACCUGGAGGAGGCAAAUCUGUGAACAAUGUCGAACAAGGUGAACCAGAAGCAGAAGACUGGGACGCAGCUGAUGGCGACGAUGGUCAACAAGCAGCAAAUGGUUUAACGCUCUAUGGUGUUGAUGGGCCACCACAUGACGAGGAUGACGACGAAAGUUUCCAGGUCGAUCCCGAGUCCGAGGAGUCGGAAGCCUCGACAAGUCGCAGAAGGUGGUUUUCUUUGCCUCACCCACGUGCGUCAUGGCCUGAAGAGUGGGACGACCCCGACUAUGAUGGACCGAGUGGAUCGAGUGGCUCAAGACCCCUUCGGUCGCUUCGACUGGAGGAGGUCACCGAGCACGAGACCACUACAUCCAAGUCCGCGUCUUCCAAGGCACCUCGAACGCCACAGGGAAGACCCAAGAGGGGCAGAAGUCCAAAGAGCUCAGCACCAAAGAGAGGCAAAGCAAGCAGAUCAGGGCCAGUCACUCCGGAGUCAGCACUCCGACGCUUUCGAAUGACUUCGAUGACACCACCACCAAGGAGAAGGUUGAGGCAUGGGCCACAGACUCCAGAAGAACUUCUUCGUAGCUCUACACCUUUGCCAAAGACACCACCGACACCUAUAGCAUGGCCUGCAUCACCUCCACAACAGCCGAUAGCCUCGCCCAAGACUCCACCAGGACCACCACCAGGAUGGCAAAGCCAAGUAGCUUCACCCAAGACUCCGCCAUGUCCACCACCGGGAUGGCAAAGCUCUCAGGUGAAGCCACCACCACCUGUCAAGGCAUCAUCGGCAGCUUCGACUUCAGGUUCUCGACUUGUCCAGAUGCUGAAGGCUGCGCUGAGUUCACAAAUCCGCAAAGUCCAAGAAGAAGAUCCUGGUUCAGGAGAUGGCCAGGCAGAUGCGAUGUUAGCGGCUUUGAGGACUAGAUCUGUCAAGGCACCGCACAUCACAAAGCAGAACAUCAGCGAUCCUUCUUUCCACGACUCGAGAUACCAUGCCGAGAUUGCCAAAGGUGUUGCACACAAUGUGGCCUGGAGAAAUGAACGUUUGAGAAGACGUGCAAUCGUCCACCGACGAGGAGGAGUCAAGGCACGUGCGGCUGAAAGGAUUCGACUUGACAAAGAAUGGCAUGAACGCUUUGACAACCCAGAAAAUCCAGAAGGCAUAGUGAGAAUCGAGGAUGAAGACAACUUGGAUGCGGGCAUCGAGACGGUGGUUGUGGGCAAAGCUGGUCAGAGCACAGUGAUAGAGUUUUCAGCGGAAGAGCGGGAAACCUUGAGGCAGUUCCCGGACGACGAGGCCAAGUUGCUGCAGAAGGACCCCAAGAAGAAACCCAUGACCAAGCGUGUUCGAAGCGUUGGGUACAGGGUGAAGAAGAAUCGCAACCGCAAUGUGGCGCGCAAGAUGGCGAGGAAGAACCGACCAGCCUUGGUUCUGAAGGAAAACACUGAAGUGAACGCAGAUGAAGAUGAUGAUGAAAUGGAAGAGGUCUACAUCGAAGAGCCUGAUGAGCCUCGAGACCGACCAGGCAGAGGAGACCCCGAUGGUGGAGCUGGAUCGGCUCCUGCUGCAGUCUACAGCUUGGGGGCCUCUGACGACUGGCGAAAAUGGGAACGAGCAGAGUUGAACAUCGACACCGGUGCUGCCAUCACUGCAGUACCACUUGACUUCGCCAAGGACUACCCGAGGAGCGAGUCCAAUGGAGCAAGCUACAAGGCAGCCAAUGCGGAACCCAUCGAAGAUCAGGGAAGUGUGAAGCUGGUGGGAUACGACGAAUCUGGCAACAAGAUCCCAAUCGAUUGCCGAGUUGCAGAUGUGCAUCGGCCACUUCUUUCAGGUUCCGAGAUCGCCAAGAACUACCACAUCGCCCUUGGACCAUCUUCGGGGAGAUUGAUCCCAAGAAACACUCCUGCGGGACGGGCCUAUUCGAAGGCCAUGAAAGAUCUGAUCCGAGAUUAUGGCGAUUCAAUGCCCAUUGUGCACAAUCGCCGAGGCAUCUAUGUGUUGGACUAUUGGGAUCCAGCUGUUUCAGCCGGAGCCGAUGCCAUGGAAGAUGGAGGCGAUGUUUCAGCCGCUUCGGCCGGAGCAGGGUCCUCAGGCGAUGUUCCAGCUGCUUCAGCCGGAGCAGAUGCCUUUGAAGAUGAAGUUGAUUUGGAAAUCGGUGAAGAACAGAGGAAAGCCAUUGUGAAGAAAGAACCACAUCAACCAUCCCAAGCUGAAGUUGACGAACAUGAAAGCACUGGACAUGUUGUCCAUCGGAGCUGGUGCUUGCACUGCAAAAGGGCACGUGUGACUGCUGAUCGCCAUGUGCCUAAGGAACUUGAUGAGCCAGAAACGCAGUUGCCCACGCUGAGCCUGGACUACUUCUAUAUGAACCAGGACCAGGUUGCGGAUGAGGCGACCCUUCCGAGCAUUGUGGUGAAGUGCCACAAGACCAAGAGAUUUUGGGCGAGCGUUCUCCCGGGAAAAGGGGCGGAUGCGUUCGCAAUCGCGUUCGGUGAAAGCAUCCUGUAUAGGCCGAGGGCCAAUCGUGGGGGCAAGAGAAAUGACCUUGCUCCAAGGGUAUCCAUUGGGAUGUACGUUGGAACUGGAAACAGAAAUUCAGACGUCUUUGUCAUGACGGAACGUGGAAUCAUGAAGGGGAACUCGAUCCAUCGACGCCCACCUGACGAUCAGUUCAAACAUGAUCAGUUUGACUCGCUACGUGGCCUUCCUUGGAGGUUGCAAGAACGAGAACAUGGUGGACUGAGGAUCGCCCUUCCCGAUGUUGCAGCGCCUCGUGAAAGGCCUGCAGUGCAAGAAGUGAUCCCAAGGAACCUCUAUGUCACCAAGAAUGACUUGGAAAAGCAUGGGCACACACCUUUGUGUCCUGGAUGUGAAGCAGCAAUACUUGAGAUGCCAAGCCGAGCUCACAAUGCUGAGUGCAGACAAAGAAUCCAGAUCGAACUUGACAAGACUCCAGAAGGUCAAGAAAGGAUCAAAAGAGCGAGAGAGAGAGAGUUGCACAAGGCAGGCGCCCAAGAGGCGCGGCUGCACCGCCUGAGGGUGGUGGGGCAGAAGGUGGUGAAGCUGCACCACCAGUUGUCCCAGGAGGGGAAGUUGAACAACCAGUCUUGCAAGACCGUGUUCCUUUGGAUGCGGAAAUGGAUGCAAGUGAGGCUGUUGGUGAACCACUGGUCGACACCGAUUUUCGUGGAGAACUCAGACAGAGAGAACAAGAAAGAGAAGGAAGCCCAAAGAGGCAGAAACAAGAACAAUCCCGAGGCUUCAGGGUCAGCCGGACCACCGGCACCGGAUGCUUCAUCUGGUGUUCCGGAAGGUGCUGCCGCUGCACCAACAAGUCCUGAGACAAACCAGGAGAUGCUACAUCUGUGUUCCUUGCUCAAAGAUGUGAUCGCAAAAGGGAAGGUUGCUGAGAUCUUCUCUCCACCGCGUGUGGCUGCACAAGCCCAAGUGGUCGGGCUAGCACCUGGCUUCUCGAUUGACUUGGAGACAAAGCGUGGUGAUGGAACUCACUGGGACUUGAGUAAAGAUGAACACAUUCGUGAUCUGUUUCAACUGCUUGACUAUGAGAAACCAGAGUUCCUCGGCGGCUCACCUCCCUGUGGGCCAUUCUCGAAGCUGCAAAACAUUGUGGAUGCGAAGGGCAAUGUUUCACCUGAAGUUCGAGCGCAGAGACUAAAAGAUGGUCGCAAACAUCUGCGCACGGCAGUUUCAGCGUAUGAGCAUCAAAUGAAUGCUGGAAGGUACUUCUACCAUGAGCACCCUAAAGGGGCCGCUUCGUGGGAAGAGAGAGCUGUGAAGAGACUGAGGGCAGAUGAACGGGUGUAUGAGGAGGAGUUUUGGAAGCAGCUGCCCGACAGCGAUGACACCAUCGUGGAGCCAGUGCUUGACGCACACUCCGGUGCUGUCUUGGAUGUUGACAAGGUCAGAGCCUCGAGCACUCUUCAGAGCACGAUCAGCUUGAGUUCCGGUGAAGCGGAAUACUACUCGAUCGUUCGAGGAGUUUCCAUCGGAAUGUCGCUACAGGAGAUCUUGCGAGGAUGGGGCCUACAACCAAAACUUAAAGUGCACACAGAUUCAUCCGCUGCGCUGGGAACAUGUAACCGUCAGGGCUUAGGCCGCUCACGGCAUGUUCAAACUCGCUUUCUGUGGGUGCAAGAAAAGCUUGCACUACAUGAAUUCGAACUGGUGAAGAUCCCGACAAAGCAGAACGUAGCUGAUUUGUGCACCAAAGGUUUACCUGCGAAUGAGAUGGAAAGACACAUGCAAAGCAUGGGGUUCGAGUACUCUCAUGGUAGAGCCGAAGCUGCAAAGGCUUUGGAAUGA